AUGCCUCGAAACAUGAACGGUUUGCUCACAAGCAAAAGUGUGUGCUUUUUGUAUCAAUUAAAACGCAUAGUUUAAAGUGUCUUACAACAAUACAAGACUUGAAAACAUCCACCAGUGGAUUCGUUAACACUGUUUGUGUUCGUAUUGUGGUUACUGCAGAUAGCGUUGUCUGAAUUGCUAAUGUUUUUAUCUCGUUAAACCUGCACUGAGUAAAUUUCUUUCUAUUUCCAUGAUUUGCACACACUUUAGUAUAGGAAUUUGCGUAGACACAGCCGCAAGAGUAACCACAAUCGCAACGGAUAUUGGACAAGAAAUGUAUCCAUUUGCUCUUUGAAGGAAAAUUUCCAUGGUAACAACUGUUAUUCCUGACAAACUGAAUAUGGUACCCAACUACAGGCAUGCAUUGUGCCAGCACUCUGUUGGAGAAUAGGCGCGCAUGCAUUAUAUUAAUAAGCAUUAUAUUAUUUCACUUUGCACCUGUUUUUCCUUUUAAUUGAUACAACUAUUUACAGGUGUAUCUGUCAGGUUACGGGGACCAUCAAGCUCCAAUGGUACAGGUCGGGUGGAAGUACUCUUAGACUACAAUGGACAAUGGGGAACAGUAUGUGAUGAUGGUUGGGGUAUAAAUGAGGCUAAGGUUGUAUGCCGUCAGCUUGGAUAUAAAUACACUGUUAGAGCUCUUCAAGGUACAUAUGUUCCUGAUGGAACUGGCCAGAUAUGGUUGGAUGAUGUUUCUUGUACAGGACGGGAACAAAAUUUACUCAGUUGUUCGCACAGUGGAUGGGGAAGUCAUAAUUGCAGGCAUUAUGAGGACGCAGGAGUAGAAUGUUCUGCAACAGGUAUAAUGAAACUAUGGCACUCAUCUUGUGUGACAGCUUGACUGGUAAAAUCGUCUGCCAUUGGAAAGAGCAAAAUAAUAAAGUUGGACUUCUCGUGGCUCAUUGCCACAAGUUGCAUGAAGGGGACAACUUGAUACCUAUAUAUGCAGCGUGUAUUACCUGGGAAAUAACACAACAAAUUUUUGCUAAUUUAAUAAGAUUUAGUCUAUUUAUUGAACAGCUAAAAUAAUAUUUCAGAUGAAGCUAGUACAUAAAAGCUAAUUGUUUUUAUAUUCAGGAUGUUAUUCUGACUACUUACGCUAUAGCCUGCAUUUUGUUCUCCUAAUCAGGAGUAGGACCAAACUUUACUUUCAUAAUUUCACAUAAGAUGCCAAAAUAUUGUGUUUCGGAAAUCCAAGAAUCGAAAAAUUUUCUGCCAUUCGUGACACAAAAUUUUCCUAGCCUAAAAACCCAUUGUUAACAUUUUGCAACUUAUAGACCAAUGUUUAUGAUAGAACCAUUGUGAGAAGAAUUUAGAACAAAAUAGUUUUCGCAAUUUUUGAAAAUGAUUGAAAUAAGUGUUUACAGACAUUUUUCUGCGUAUGAUUAUUCUGUAUAGAUGUUGAUGAAUGCUCCCGAGGAUUGGCCAACUGUGAUAGUAACUCACAAUGUAUUAACACUGAUGGGAGCUUUGUGUGCAGAUGUAACCAAGGUUAUUCCGGAAAUGGCGUAUAUUGUUAUGGUGAGUAGCACUUUGGAAAUCCGUACCGACCGUACGCCUUACACGGCCAUUUUAAUGUUGCCGUGACUAUCUACUGGUCACCUUUCCUGGUUAAACCAAUAGGUUUAUUUCGCGCGAAUGUAAUACUCUAUCAUGCACUCUUAAUCACUUUAGACAUGUACAAUCACUCAGUUAUUCAACACAUUUUAUAGAUUGUAUGGAUUCCAAAUAUUGCCGCAUACCAAAAAUUGAGUACCGAAAGAAAUAAAAGAGUGCAAGAUUUUAACACAUCAAAUGUUAUGCCCAGUUCCUUUGGGUUCAACUUACUGCUUGUAAGAUUGUAUUAAGAAAAAAUAGCAUCUGUUUUAACACUGGUUCCAAUGCACUAUAGAUAUUCAUAACAAAAGUUUGAACAUUCCAAAUGUUACAAAGAUAACUUUCAAUCUACAGCUCAAAACUGGCAAAUGACAAUGGAUUACUAAAUUAUUUCCCAUUCACGAUAUGUUUUCCCUUGUCUGAAUUCUGUUCAGUUCUAGUUAAGCUCGUCUUCCCCAAAAAUAAUGCUGAUGAGUGUAAUGUUGUCUACCAACAGAACUCAAUGAAAUAGCAAAUUAUGUGAUUGUUGCUUUUCUCUUUGUAAUUCAUGAAUGUUUUUUUUAUCCUUAGACAUCAAUGAAUGUUCUCUAUCAAUUGGCAACUGUCAUUCCAACGCUUCUUGCACCAACACUGGUGGAUCAUUUUUUUGCAC